GCGAGGCCUCCCCAUGGAUUCCCAGAAAGAAGCUCUACAAAGGAUUAUCACAACUCUGGCAAGCAAAAAUGAUGAAAUUCAGAAUUUUAUUGAUACUCUAAAUCAUACGCUAAAAGGAGUUCAGGCCAACUCUUCUAGCAUACUUUUAGAAUUAGAUGAGGAAUUUGAUGGUCUUUAUUCUAUAUUGGAUGAGAUGAAAGAGAGCAUGACUAAUACUAUCAAGCAAGAACAAGCUCGUAAAACACAAGAACUACAGAGUCAGCUUAGCCAAUGCAAUAAUGCUCUGGAGAAUUCUGAAGAGCUACUAGAAUUUGCUUCAAGGUCACUAGACAUAAAGGAACCAGAAGAAUUUUCAAAGGCUGCCAGACAGAUCAAAGAUAGAGUCACAAUGGCUUCAGCUUUUCGCCUUUCUUUGAAACCAAAGGUCAGUGAUAACAUGACUCACCUAAUGGUGGAUUUUUCUCAGGAAAGACAGAUGCUCCAGACUUUGAAGUUUCUGCCAGUUCCUAAAGCUCCAGAAAUAGAUCCAGUAGAGUGCCUGGUAGCUGACAAUUGUGUAACAGUUGCUUGGAGAAUGCCAGAGGAAGAUAAUAAGAUUGAUCAUUUUAUACUGGAAUACAGGAAAACUAAUUUUGAUGGACUUCCACGUGUUAAGGAUGAAAGAUGCUGGGAAUUAAUAGAUUACAUUAAAGGCACUGAAUAUACACUCUCUGGCUUAAAGUUUGAUUCAAAAUAUAUGAACUUUCGAGUUCGAGCUUGCAACAAGGCUGUGGCAGGAGAGUAUUCUGAUCCAAUAACAUUGGAAACUAAAGCACUUAACUUCAGUUUGGAUGGCUCAUCAUCUCAUCUGAACUUGAAAGUUGAAGAUAACUGUGUAGAAUGGGAUCCAACGGGAGGAAAAAGUCAAGAAAAUAAAAUGAAAGGAAAAGAGAAUAAAGGCAGUGUCCAUGUUACUGCACUGAAGAACAAUAAAAGAAGUGGUACACCAUCACCUAAACGGACUUCAGUGGGCUCCAGACCAUCAUCUAUAAGGGGCAGCAGAGAUCGUUUUACUGGUGAAUCAUAUACAGUAUUGGGAGACACUGCCAUUGAAAGUGGACAACACUAUUGGGAAGUCAGAGCCCAGAAAGAUUGUAAAUCCUACAGCAUUGGACUAGCAUAUAAGACCCUGGGGAAGUUUGAUCAGUUGGGAAAGACAAACACUAGUUGGUGUAUCCAUGUCAACAACUGGCUACAAAGUUCCUUCGCUGCAAAGCAUAACAAUAAAGCCAAAGCUUUAGAUGUAAUUGUUCCUGAAAGGAUAGGCGUGUUUUGUGAUUUCGAUGGAGGUCAACUGUCCUUCUACAAUGCAGCUUCAAAGCAAUUACUGUAUUCUUUUAAAACAAAAUUUACACAGCCAGUGCUUCCUGGUUUCAUGGUUUGGUGUGGUGGACUUUCUUUGAGUACCGGAUUGCAAGUUCCGAGUGCUGUGAAGACACUACAGAAACAUGAAAAUGGAAUGAGUGGUUCAACUAGCAGUCUGAACAAUAUUAUGCAGUAAUAUCACUUAAAAAUGUUUACUUCUUUUUUUAUUUUGGCAUUAUUUUCUGUGCAGUUUCUAAUCACAGAUGCUUGAGCAAUGGAUUAACCAUUUGGGUUUGCUGCCCUCUGCUGCUUGAGGCUUGGAUGCUGUUAAACAUUAUGCUUCUGAAAUGAAGCAUUAGCAGGAACCUACUGUGAAAUCCCAUAGAAGAAGCAAUUAGAAAACCAUAGAUUGACUUUCUGAAAAAUAGACACAGGUGAAAGGGACAGUGUGCUUUUCUUUUGGAAGAAAAGUGAUUUUUGAGUUUUCUAGAUAUUUUGUUGGUUCUUCUCUUUGUUUACACGUAGGACUUCAAAGAUAGAAAUUAGCCUGGGUUGGAAAAUUUUACCACUUAAUUGACUAAAAUAAUUUUUAAAUUUUUUGUUCUUUUUUUCUUCAUUUUGUGAUUCUUCAGGAAAAAAGACUUUUAGUUUUCAGACCGAAGCUUUAAAAACUUUCAGCCUUUAUAAAUUUUAUAGCAUUCGAGACUGUUGGGAAUGCCAAAAAGACUCUUCUACAGUAACUUUAACUUUUUCCCCCUUUAUUUGGAAACCAAUAAGGUUCUGACUGCUCUCCCUCUACAUCCCCAUGUGCUUUAUAUGUUGACCAUAUCAGCUUCCCCUUCACUCCUCCCCAUUCUCUCUUCUUUGUGUAUUUAUACAAGCUGGCACAAUGCUGAGAGAAAAUUUACAUUAUUCUUGUGACUUGACACAGAUUGUACAGGUGAGUUUGUGAACAUUCUAGCUUGAGAGAUUUCUUUUGCACUAGUUCUGUCAGUUUGAUAAUAGAUGGAUUUUUAAGGGCUUUUAUAUAAUGUUUUAUGUGUUAUUGGCUAUCUAAGUUUAAUCUGAAAUAAAUUUGCAAUUGGAUUUUGAAGUAUUUUAUUGAUUUAAAGUUUUGUAGUUGGGUUAAAACAAUGUAUUAAACUUUGCAAUCCAUAGAACAAAAUUAUUUCUUAAUGUGAGAAAAUUUGUCUUAGAAUUUGAAUUAGAGAUUCAACCUUGUAUAAAAAAGGAGAGAAAAAUCAAAUCAGAAAGUGCUUGUCAUUCAUGCCUUUAGGAAUGCUGUACUUAUCACUGUUAUUUACUAAAAUUAUAUUUCCCUGUAUUUACUAAUAAAAUCUAAUA